AUGCGGGUGGCACCCAGGGUGCUCUUCCUCGUCCGCGACGCCGCAGGAUACGGCGCGGCCCUCGCCGACGCGCUCCGUCCGCGGCCCGGGCUAACGAGGGAGUCCUCGCCCUUAGAGCUCCCCCUCGGCAAGUACGGCCUCGACGGAGAGAAGGCGUCCGGCGAGCUCCUGAGCUUUUCCGAUUCCGGUGGCUCUCCACAGGUGUCCAUUUUUGUUCUGCCAGACUAUAAGCCCCCUCUUGCAGCAUGUGUUGUAAAUGAGGUCUUGGAACUGAUUUCUUCUGAAGCUACCUCCACUGAGCGAGUUCUAAUUGUCCCAUUCAACACAAGAUCUUCAAGCUAUCAUCGUGGAAUGGAACAUGCAACAAAAGCAUCGCCUGUACUUCAUGGUGCUGAAAUAGGGGCAACAACUGACUAUACUCACUCGUUUGUUGGUGGGACCACUAAACCUCCUACAUCCUUGCAAAUACGUAGUGAACCAAUAUUAUGUUUGCUGGAAAUGGUGCGCGUGUUGAAGAUGCCUACAGUUCUUCUUGUCACUUCUGGUGGGCAGCAGCAAGGCAAGAGCUCUACAGUUUCUGAUCUUGAGGUACUGCAAUGCUUAGGAGAGCACUUGACCAAGCACAUGGCUUUGGAGUUCUCCAGAGAAACUGUUAUCAAGAGAGGGAUCGAAAAAUCACCAAUUGAUCAGGAGCCCUGGCGCGAGCUGUAUGGGUGA